AUGGGCGAAAUCCCCCGUUUGAAGAUUCCCGGGGUUCGAUUCUCCGAUGGUCCUCGCGGCUGCAUCAUGGGGAACUCCACCGAUUUUCCGGUGGCUAUGGCACGCGCCGCAAGUUGGGAUGUUUCCCUCGAAGAGCGCGUCGGCAGGGCCAUCGGCCGCGAGUGCAAGGCCUUGGGAGCCAACUUGUUUGGAGGCAUUUGUGUCAAUCUCCCCAGACACCCGGCUUGGGGCCGUAUCCAGGAGACAUACGGAGAGGACCCCAUUCUUCUGGGAACCAUGGGCGCCGCGAUGGCCAAAGGCGUGCAAGAGAACGUCAUGGGUUGCGUCAAACACUUCGCUCUGAACUCGAUGGAGAAUGCCCGUUUCAAGAUCGAUGUCCAAGUUGAUGAAGAUGUUCUUCACGAAGUUUACCUGCCCCAAUUCCGCUACAUCGUUGAAAGUGGCGUGGCUUCUGUCAUGUCCGCCUACAACUCUGUGCGGGGAGAGUUUGCAGGCCAGAACAGGGAGCUACUCACGGACAUCUUGCGAACUAGCUGGGGAUUCAAGGGUUUCGUUAUUGAGGAUUUCAUAUUCGGAUUCCGAGACGUUGCUCUAUCUCUCAGAAACGGACUUGACCUUGAGGCACCCUUCCGACAGCAAAGAGCGCAACACCUAAGAGCAUGUCUUGAGACCGGCCGAGUGAGCGAAUACGAUAUUGAUCGCGCUGGUCAUGCCAUUUUACGAAUCGUUAUUGAGAAUGAGGUCCUCCGCGGCGAUAUCAAGUCAACGAAGAAAGUUGUUUUCAGCAAAGAACAUCGUGAUCUGGCCCGGGAGUCUGCCGUAAAGUCCAUGGUCCUGUUGAAGAACGACACGGUGGAAGGAGCGCCUAUUUUGCCCAUUCGAUCAGAGGUAGCUUCUGUGGGCAUCGUCGGGUGGCGCGCCGACUCAAAAAAUACCGGUGAUAAGGGCUCAUCGCACGUGCGCUGUCCCGAAAUCAUCUCGCCAUACCAGGGGAUCAAAGAAGCCCUUCCUGAAACGGAAGUGGUACUUGAAAGCUCGAAUAACCUGGCUAGCAUCAAGAGUAUCGCCGCUGCUGUUGAGGUUGUCGUUGUAGUUGUGGGAUACGAUUUCCGUGACGAGGGAGAGUACACAGCCCCUGCUUUCAACGCUACGCCGGGUCUGAGCCACGUCAUUCCUCCAGACGAUGGAUCAGAAGAAGCAAAGUCAGUCAUUUCUCGAUUGGUAAACCCUGCGCCUAAGAAGGACGACCGCGAGAAGGACAAUUACGGAUUCGGCACCGGCGGUGAUAGGCGGAGUCUGAGGCUGCGACCCGAUGAUGUGGAAGUCAUAAAGGCAGCUGUGGAAGUCAACCGAAGAACUAUCGUUACAAUCGUGGCUGGUGGGACGGUGAUAAUCGAAGAGUGGGACAGCUUGCCACCGGCCAUCAUCUUCGGCUGGUAUUCAGGAUGUGAGGGCGGCAGAGCACUCGCAGAAGUUCUGCUCGGUCGUGCAAAUUUCAGUGGAAGACUUCCUUUCUCAAUACCAACGAGCGAAGAACACCUUCCCGCUUUCGACGAUAACGAAGAGACAAUCAAGUACGAUCGGUGCCCCUACGUAACGACCGCGAACGUGGGUCUUCUUCCGAUCUCCCGCGACUCCGUCUGGAUAGCAUCGUCCGACCCCAACACGCCUCCCCUGAUCAAACCCAACUUCUUCAGCUCCGAGGUCGACCGCUUUGUGUGGCGUGACUCGAUGCGUCACAUGACGCGCAUGAUGAUAGGAGACGACUCGCCACUUAGCCAGGGCAUCGUCGAAGCCGAGACGCCCCCUGCUGAACUGAAGCCGUUCAGCCUGGAUUCGAGCGACGAGGACAUUGAGGCCCGGAUUCGCGCUUCUGUUAUCGGUACUUACCAUCCGAUGGAAGCCUGUGCCAUGGGCAAGGUUGUCGACAGCGAGCUGCGGGUGAAGGGCGUCGAGAACCUGAGGGUCGUCGAUGCGUCGGUGUUCCCGAGCAUCAUCUACGAACCGUGA